GCCCGGCAUGCUAAUGAGGCGGGGCGCGGCGGCGGGCUAAGUAGCUGCUGGGUGGCGGCGGCGGCGGCGGCAGCGGCUGCGGGCUGGGAUCAGCCGGGCGGGAGCAGUGUAGGCGCGGGGUCACCAGUCUGCGCGAAGCCACACAUGGAGCCGCCGGGUGGGGGUCUGGGACCCGGCCGCGGGGCCCGGGACAAGAAGAAGGGCCGGAGCCCGGACGAGCUGCCGCCGGCGGGCGGCGACGGCGGCAAAUCCAAGAAAUUUACUCUGAAGCGGCUCAUGGCAGAUGAGCUGGAGAGAUUUACCAGCAUGAGAAUUAAGAAGGAGAAGGAGAAGUCCAGUUCUGCUCACAGAAAUUCUGCCUUGUAUGGGGAUGAUCCCACAGCACAUUCAUUGCAAGAUAUUUCAGAUGAGCAAGUUUUAGUACUCUUUGAACAGAUGCUGGUGGAUAUGAACCUGAAUGAGGAGAAACAGCAGCCUCUGAGGGAGAAGGACAUUAUCAUCAAGAGGGAGAUGGUGUCCCAGUACUUGCACACGUCCAAGGCUGGCAUGAGCCAAAAGGAGAGCUCUCGGUCUGCCAUGGUGUACAUUCAGGAGCUGAGGUCAGGCUUGCGGGACAUGGCUCUGCUCAACUGCCUGGAGUCCCUUCGUGUCUCCCUCAACAACAACCCUGUCAGCUGGGUGCAAACGUUUGGUGCGGAGGGCCUGGCCUCCUUGUUGGACAUCCUUAAACGACUCCACGAUGAGAAGGAGGAAACUCCUGGGAGCUAUGAUAGCCGUAACCAGCACGAGAUCAUUCGCUGCUUGAAAGCUUUUAUGAAUAACAAGUUUGGAAUCAAGACCAUGUUAGAUACAGAGGAAGGAAUCCUGCUGCUGGUCAGGGCCAUGGACCCUGCGGUUCCCAACAUGAUGAUCGAUGCAGCCAAGCUGCUUUCUGCUCUUUGUAUCCUGCCACAGCCAGAGGACAUGAAUGUACGGGUUUUGGAGGCAAUGACAGAGAAAGCUGAGAUGGAUGAGGUGGAACGUUUUCAGCCACUGCUGGAUGGACUAAAAAGUGGGACCUCCAUUGCACUCAAGGUGGGAUGCCUACAGCUGAUCAAUGCUCUCAUCACCCCAGCUGAAGAACUUGACUUCCGAGUUCACAUCCGGAGUGAGCUGAUGCGGCUGGGGCUGCACCAGGUGUUGCAGGCCCUUCGGAAGAUUGAAAACGAAGACAUGAGAGUACAGCUCAAUGUGUUUGAUGAGCAUGCGGAGGAAGACUCCUACGACCUGAAGGCACGGCUGGAUGACAUUCGAAUGGAGAUGGAUGAUUUCAGUGAAGUCUUCCAGAUUCUCUUAAACACAGUGAAGGAUUCGAAGGCAGAGCCAUACUUCCUGUCCAUCCUGCAGCACCUACUCUUGGUCCGAAAUGACUAUGAAGCCAGACCGCAGUACUAUAGGCUGAUUGAAGAAUGUAUUUCUCAGAUAGUUCUGCGCAAGAAUGGGGCUGAUCCUGACUUCAAGUGCCGGCACCUCGAGGUUGAUAUUGAGGGACUGAUUGAUCAAAUGAUUGAUAAAACAAAGGUAGAGAAAUCUGAAGCCAAAGCUACAGAGCUGGAAAAAAAGCUGGACUUAGAGUUAACAGCCCGACAUGAGCUACAGGUGGAAAUGAAAAAGAUGGAAAGUGACUUCGAGCAGAAGCUCCAGGAUCUUCAAGGAGAAAAGGAUGUACUGGAUUCUGAAAAGCAGCACAUUACCACAGAGAAGCAGAGCCUGGAAGCAGAGGUGUCUCAGCUCACAGGAGAGGUUGCCAAGCUGUCUAAGGAGCUGGAAGAUGCCAAGAAAGAAAUGGCUUUGCUCUCUGCUGCAGCUACUGCUGUAGCCCCGCCCAGCAGUGCUACUGUUCCCCCUGCCCCACCCUUACCUAGUGACUCUGGCACUGUUAUUUCACCCUCAUCUCCUCCUCCUGAGGGUGGCACCAUUCCUCCUCCUCCACCACCUCCCCCUCCUUUGCCUGGGGGUGUUGCCACCUCCCCAACCCCUCCUUUGCCUGGGAGUGUUGCCAUCCCACCACCUCCCCCUUUACCUGGGAGUGCUGCCAUCCCACCACCUCCCCCUUUACCUGGGAGUGCUGCCAUCCCACCACCUCCCCCUUUACCUGGGUGUGCUGCCAUCCCACCACCUCCCCCUUUACCUGGGUGUGCUGCCAUUCCCCCACCCCCUCCUCCCUUGCCUGGGGGCGCUGGCAUCCCCCCACCCCCUCCUCCCUUGCCUGGAGGACCAGGAAUGCCGCCUCCCCCUCCCCCUCUUCCUGGUGGUCCUGGAAUCCCCCCACCCCCUCCAUUUCCUGGAGGCCCUGGCAUUCCUCCACCUCCGCCAGGAAUGGGUAUGCCUCCACCUCCCCCUUUUGGAUUUGGAGUUCCUGCAGCCCCAGUUCUGCCAUAUGGAUUAACCCCAAAGAAGCUUUAUAAGCCAGAAGUGCAGCUCCGGAGGCCAAACUGGUCCAAGUUUGUCGCUGAGGACCUUUCCCAGAACUGCUUCUGGACAAAGGUGAAGGAGGACCGCUUUGAGAACAAUGAACUUUUUGCCAAACUUACCCAUGCCUUCUCUGCCCAGACCAAGACAUCAAAAGCCAAGAAGGAUCAGGAAGGUGGAGAAGAAAAGAAAUCUGUGCAAAAGAAAAAAGUAAAAGAGUUAAAGGUGUUGGAUUCAAAGACAGCGCAGAAUCUCUCAAUUUUUCUGGGUUCCUUCCGCAUGCCCUAUCAAGAGAUUAAGAAUGUCAUCCUGGAGGUGAACGAGGCUGUUCUGACCGAGUCCAUGAUCCAGAACCUCAUUAAGCAGAUGCCAGAGCCAGAGCAGUUAAAAAUGCUUUCCGAACUGAAGGACGAAUAUGAUGACCUAGCAGAGUCAGAGCAGUUCGGCGUGGUGAUGGGCACUGUACCCCGCCUGCGGCCGCGCCUCAACGCCAUCCUCUUCAAGCUGCAGUUCAGUGAGCAGGUGGAGAACAUCAAGCCUGAGAUUGUUGCCGUGACUGCCGCGUGUGAGGAGCUGCGGAAGAGCGAGAGCUUCUCUAGCCUUUUGGAGAUCACCUUGCUUGUCGGCAACUAUAUGAAUGCUGGUUCCAGGAAUGCGGGGGCUUUUGGCUUCAACAUCAGCUUCCUCUGUAAGCUUCGGGACACCAAGUCCGCAGACCAGAAGAUGACGUUGCUGCACUUCUUGGCGGAGUUGUGUGAGACCGAGUAUCCCGACAUCCUCAAGUUUCCAGAUGAGCUUGCCCACGUGGAGAAAGCCAGCCGAGUUUCUGCUGAAAACUUGCAAAAGAAUCUAGAUCAGAUGAAGAAACAGGUUUCCGAUGUGGAACGCGAUGUUCAGAAUUUCCCAGCAGCCACAGAUGAGAAAGACAAGUUUGUUGAAAAAAUGACCAGCUUCGUGAAGGAUGCACAGGAGCAGUACAACAAGCUGCGGAUGAUGCAUUCUAACAUGGAGACCCUCUAUAAGGAGCUGGGCGAGUACUUCCUCUUUGACCCCAAGAAGGUGACUGUGGAAGAAUUCUUCAUGGAUCUGAACAACUUUAAGAAUAUGUUUGUGCAAGCGGUCAAGGAGAACCAGAAGCGGCGGGAGACAGAGGAAAAGAUGCGGCGGGCAAAACUAGCCAAGGAGAAGGCAGAGAAGGAGCGGCUGGAGAAGCAGCAGAAGAGAGAGCAGCUCAUAGACAUGAAUGCAGAAGGUGACGAAACAGGUGUGAUGGACAGUCUUCUAGAAGCCCUGCAGUCAGGCGCAGCAUUCCGGAGGAAGAGAGGACCCCGUCAGGACAGCCCCCUGUGCCCCUGGGAGGAGGAGGAGGAGGAGGAGGACACCCGCAAACUGGUAACCGCCAACAGGAAGGCUGGGUGUGCUGUCACCUCUCUGCUGGCCUCGGAGCUGACCAAGGAUGAUGCCAUGACUGCUGUCCCUGCCAAGGUGCCCAAGGGCAGUGACGGAGUCCCCACGAUCCUGGAGGAAGCCAUGGAGCUGGUUGGCCGUGCCAGCUAAUCUGGGUCCUGUGGCCGUGGCAGCUCCUCGGUGAGGCGCAGACCGUCCUGCCCUGCAGCCUGUGCCUGAAGGAUCGUGGAGAUUCCCCAUGGGGUGGCCGCUCCCAUCACCCGACCCUGUCUUCCUCUCUGGCCUGCUGCUCUCUGUACAUGACAUUCGGCUUCAACUGCCUGGAGGCCAGAAGGAAGGGGCAGUGUAGGGGAGGCCUGAGCCCAACCCAGCCGGCCCUGGCUGUUGCAUUACCAAAGCAGGCUCCGUGUUUGCUGCUGCCUUAACCCCAAGUGUCUCCCCUCUGUUACUUGGAGGCCUGUCUCAGACAAGGCCUGCCUGCUCUCUCAGCCCCUGGCUUUCCAGUGGGCUUCCUGUAGGUCAAUUUUGCUGAGUUUGUGCUUUUCUUUUGUGGUUUUUCUGGCCCUGAGAACAGCAUGGGGCUUGUGAACUUUUGGGCUUUACCCCGCCUUUCAUUGCUGUCACCUCUCCGCCUUUCCACCCUUUCUUCUCCUGGCAGUUAUUUAUUGCUAGCGGUGUGGCAUGGGGAGCUGCUUCUAAGGAAGUGGGGGGCACAUCCCACUCUUACUCCACCUUCCUGAGAAAGGCCUCCCACAGCAAAGAGGACCACUUUUAUCCGUUCCACUGUGGCCUUGGCCAGAGCGUGUGGGCCGGCAGGAAGGACACAGAGACCCCAUGGGGUCUGCCCCAGCCUGCUGCCCUGCUUUGGGCCCUUGCCUCUCUGGACCCUCUGCACCAGCCCCCGGCUACCGAGCCGUGGUCUCACCCCGUGCCCUCCCCGGAGCUCUGGUGCGUUGCAUCUGGAGUGUGGGCUGCAUUAUGACCGUCCCAGCACCUCACCCUCUGUCUCCAAGAAAAUGGGAGGUGGAGCCUCCUGGCUGAGAAAUUGUUUUGCAAAUGGAUCUAUUUUUGUAUGAGAUUUUUUUUUUUUAAGAAAAAUAAAUCUUCCUUUCCCCCUUUUCCUCCAUAAUAUAAGAGGCUUGAUGGCAGGUUCCAGAGUCUUUGGGGCUACUCUCCUCGGGCCUCAGUCCUGGCCAGGCCCUGGGACCUGCGCCUCAGCUGCCAUGCCUCUGGGCCCUCGGGGCGGUGCAGCUGCUCCGCCAGCGUCGGGUGUGCACAGGAGGAAGCUCCUCUCUGGUUGAGUUGAACCAGGCCUGAGGGUAGUGGGAGCUCUGAGACCACAGAGUUUUUAUAAAUUUAAUAUAUUUAUCAAGCCAAAUGUGCAGAUGCUAACUGGACACUCUGGGGGAGUGGGCACAGGAGUGCCCCCACACUUUGCAGCCCUGCGCCCUUCUGAAACAGUGGGUAGGCCACACUGUUCCGUGGCCCCGGCCUCGGGAAGCUCAGACUCUGGCUCAGGUGGCGCUGUGCCCUCCCUGUGCUGCUUUCAUCUGCCCACCGCCAGGCAGGGAGAGAGGAAAGCACUGCUAGGACUAGGCCCAGAACCGUGGCUCCAGCAUGCCGGAGUCCUUAGGGAGACGGAGGGCACUUGCAGGAAGCCCAGUGGCUGGGAAGAAGGGCUCCGGUUGCCCGGCCUGUGUGGGGGCAGCGGCAGCUGCUCGGAGCUGUUCCCGGGAAGCCUGGCAUGAGGGGCCUGCUGUUCCCUAGGUCCCCUCCUUCUGCCUGCUGACAUCUGGGGCUUUGACCCUUUCUUUUUUAAUCUACUUUUGCUAAGAUGCAUUUCAUAAAAAAAUAAGUAAAUAAGGGACAAAAUGCAAACCUGUUUCCCUCACCUCUUGGGCUUCUGGGAUGUCAUCACCUCCAGUUUGUUGGGUUUGUCUCCAACUGUUAAUAAAGCAUUGAAACUACUGC